CUCUCUCUCUGUUUGCGCCACGCCCGAGGCCAGAGGCGCAUCUGCUCCAGCUCGGGCGCGUCUCCUCCGAUAGGCAAGGAGGAGAAGUCUCCGCGGUGCUCCCGCUCCAGACAUGAGCCCCCAACGUGGGGAGAAACGGGCGAGAGGUCGGCGGCGAAGCCAGCUGUUGGCGCCCCCGCGGCUUUUGCUCCUUAACUUCUUCACCUGACGCCUCGCCGAAGAGCUCCUUCCCUGAGCAAACUGGAGAGAUCCCCUUCGAGGAUCAAGGUCGGAACUGGAUCGCUUGCGCUGCCAGGGCGCGCAGCCGAGGAUACGGCCACCGCACUCCCUCGGUGCGCUCGCCUGUUUUCCUCCCGCGCCGCCUCUUGUUCCGCAGUUGCCCCAGCGCGCUUUUGAAGCAGUAGAGAAAUGUAUAAGAACUGAACUUUAUUUUGGGCUGGAAUAGGACAUGAAGAAUAAAAGGAGUUGGGAGAUCACCAGAUCAGGAUGAAACAGAAGUUGAACAUUUUUCCAAACCUACUUCUAGUUUUGCUCUGUGACUAUGUUCUUGGAGCAAUCAAACUUCUCUUGGACCAACAGACUCAUAUAGCUUUAAGCAAUGUUACAGUAUCUGUUAGUUUUCAGAAUUAUUAUUAUGCUAAUGACACACUGAAAAACACUUCUGUUCUACUCAUGGAGGCCAGCAGCAACCAAAUUGUUGCCCAAAAACAGCUUCCAGAAGACCAGCGUCAAGGUGUGAUUGAUUUUGAGUGUUCCUACUUUAAGAAUGCUGGGAAUUACUGGUUGAAGUUGGCUUCUGAAAACAUCGGAGGGCUCCAUUCCCAACAGAACGGAGAAAGUCUUCUACUCAGCGUGAAAUGGCCUAUAUUUGACUUUGAUUUGAGGAGGACGUUAGAGGGUCAAGUGAAUUCCCUUCAACUCGGGCUAUUUACUAAUGAGUAUUUAUGUCCCAUAAAUAAAACAGUGAUUUCUCUGGAUGCAAUUCUAACCAGCAACCUAUACGAACUAAGGACAUUGAUCUCAAAUGAGACACUGGGCCUGAGAACAAGGAAAAGCCUUCCUCUCUUUGAGUCGCAGUGGGUGAAAUUGGACUGCCAUGUGACUAGCCCAGAAGCAUACAUCACUGUAUUACUGAAAUCAGCAGAGACAGGCUCAAUCAUUGCUUCAUCAGGACCUAUAGAUCUUGUGCACAAAUUUGGAUACAAGCUAGCCAUAUCAGAAGAAGUGCUAUGUGAGUCAUCAGUUGUGGCUUCUGUUAUUUCUCCUCCAUGCAUAUCAUCUGCUGGACGCAUUGCUGUGUUUAAGUAUAACCCUCUGGGUCAAAUGGUGUCAAAGCUAUAUGAAAGCAUCCUGAAUCCAGAAGACCAUCAGAUAGAACUCAGUUGCACGUUGUUCGACAGUGGCACAAACAAAUACUGUUUUGAAUUUAGCUCUUCCAACCAAGUGAAUUCCACACCAUGGGCAAAAGAAUGUGUACUAAUCCAAAGGAAUGUUGGAGGAUCCUGGAGCACUUGGCAAGCCUGGAGUUCGUGUAGUGCCACCUGUGGAGGUGGCAUUCGUGAGCGCUUUCGGGAAUGCCUCAUGCCAGUCCACAUGAUGCAAGGUUGCCCAGGAAGGCAACAAGAAACUUCUCCGUGUUCUUUAGAAGAAUGCCCCAUCACCACAACUGGCCUCCUCAGACCAUUGUCUCCUGAAACGGAAGGAGAAAGAGCUGCCAAUAAUCUAAUAACUAUCACUGGGAUAUCAUUAUGCUUGUCUAUCAUCUUUGCCACCAUCCUUAUCACCUUAUGGCGAAAGCUUUGCAGAACCCAAAAGUGCAGCAAUCCAGUUAACUGUGACUCUCCUCAUUCAUCUGGCUUCCAAAAAAAUUCUGAUGAAGAGGAUAUUUGUCCAGACAGACGUCAACAAGAAAGCUUUUCUGAGGGAGAAACUUCUUGUUUUUCCCCAGGAGAAGCUUCUGACAUAACCGUGAACUUCAGGAGAAGCCUUCAUUCGGUCCCUGAAGAUGGAGGAGGAUUAGUUCAUGACAAUUUGCAGUCCAGCGCUCAAAAAAUCAUCCCUCCCAUUUACAGCUAUCGCCUUGCCCAGCAGCAGUUGAAAGAAAUGAAGAAAAAAGGACUUACAGAAACAACCAAACUGUAUCAUGUGGCUCAGAACUCUCUCAUGGACACAGUGAAAACAGAAAACCAGGAGGUAGCUGCUGCAAGUAAGUUUAGAAUCAAAUCACCAUUUCCAGAACAGCCACCCGAUUACCUAAAGUUGUCCGGUGAGAGACCCUGUUCUAGAAUGGAUAAUACAUUUUUGCAGCCCAAUUCCGUGUGGAGCCCCGCUCAUUCCUCAAUGAGGAGAAGCCAUCCCAGAUAUUUUGAUAACAAAGGAGAGUCGACAGAAAGAGGAUACCCAAAAAGUUCACAGUUCAGAAGAACGGCAAGUUUUCAUGAAACUAGAAAAGCAAAGCCGUUUCGGAAAAGAAGCAUGUCCACCCUUACGCCAAGCCAGCUGUCAUUCAUCCACCGCAGAGCCAAAGUGUGGGAUCCUGUUAUGGAAAAACAACAUUGCGUUCAAUCUAAAAAUACAGCACAGAGCGCUACGGAGCUUGAACUGUAUCUCAGCACCCCGUUGGCUGCAGAGUCAUUGAGCUGGGGUGGACAUAUUGCUCACAAACAGAAACUUCCAGAGAAGAAACCAGAUCUGGUUCACAAUCGUCCACUGGGAUCUUGCGUGUCUUGCGCCGAUCACUCAGAGCAUAAGAGAACCAGAAGCGGACGUUUUUUAAACCCUGCCAGUGCUUGGAGAAGAGAGGCUACUUUCCUAACUCUCAAGGACGAUCACCAGAAAGCAGAGACUCUGAGUCCCUCACAGUAUAGAAAGAGCAAAUGUCAAAGCUUUCCAUCUGAAACGGGAUGCCACUUCUAUGACAACACUUCCUUUGCUCUGAUUGACUCCGAACAACCAAUGUACGGCCUGCCUGGAUAUUUUGAGUUAAAUGAAAGUGAAAUAAGUACUUUGACUGCUGAAAAUUUGGCGAGCUGAAUUUCUUGUGGGCAAAAGGGAGGCUUUCAGCAUU